UUGAACUCUUCACAAACCAAUCUCUAACAGUUGCAGCAAUCAAUGGCAGAUACAAAAGAAUUGCGCCAAGAGCUAAUCGCUAUGGAUGAAAAUGAAGAUAAAGCAUGGUGGAGACCAGAAUCCUCUCAUGGGUACGGUCAUCUGCUGCCUGCUGGCCGGUCCCAGUGGUACCUGUGUGCAGCACUAUGUGUUACCCUCACUCUCUCCUUGUCUCUGCUUAUCCUGAUGCCCAGUCGCUUUGGCAGUGUGGACAGAACAUUAUCUGAUUUGGAGAGAUCAGUGUCAAAUCUGACUGAAUCUGUGUCCCUUCACUUAUCAAAACUACAUGAGAAAGUUGGUAGUCUGGAAAUGAAGUUAUCUGAUUUGAAGAGAUCAGUAUCAAAUCUGACUGAAUCUGUGUCCUUUCACUCAUCCAAACUACCAAAGAAAGGUGAAGUGGGCUGUCCUGAUGGCUGGUAUCUUCACAACUCCAGCUGCUACUUCUUCUCUGCCUACAAGGCAUCAUGGUACACAGCCCGAGACUCCUGUAGGGAUAUGGAUGCCACACUGCUCAUCCUGACUGACGAAGAAGAGUGGGGCUUCGUUAACAGAAUUAGUAAUGGUCGCUACUUUUGGCUUGGCCUGUCAGAUGAGAGGACAGGAGAGUGGGAGUGGGUCAACGGGAGUCCUUACAUCAUGGACCGUAGCAAAUGGGUACCAGGCCAACCUGAUAACUGGGCGGGGCAUUCUAUAGGGGGCACAGAGGACUGUGCCCAUAUCUCCAUUUCUGGGAAACUCAAUGACAACCACUGCACCGUUACCUAUCCAUUCAUCUGCAAAGCCACAACUAAUAAAGCUGAACAUUUCUAGGCUUUAUAAUAAUAUGCCAUUUAGCAGACGCUUUUAUCCAAAGCGACUUAAAGUAAUGUGUGCAUACAUUUUUACA